CCCUCCAUUUUUGCAGGGCAUUACUAUCUCAGACUCCAAUUCACCUUCCAAUAUUUAAUUUAGUCCCUCGGCUUUCUUUCCUUUCCACAUUCUUUUCGCUGCAAUUCUGGUUGGGUUUUCCUUUUCAUAUCCAAGUAAUCUUCAGCUCAAACUCUUUUCGCUUUGGUCUCUUUUCCUUUUUUUUCCCUUUUGGGAGUUGCAUGCUACCUCCUUUGCUUCGAAAGCUUGAUUCCAAGUCCUCCUUUACGUCUUUUAUAUUCUGAUCAACUAUGGCAGAUGAGAGGAAACAAAACCCGGAGACUCAAUUGGUUUCUGUUCAAGCUCCGGUGGAGAGAAGGCAAAACAACCUUCCCAACUUUCUCUUGUCUGUCAGACUCAAGUAUGUGAAGCUUGGGUACCACUACUUGAUCUCCAACGCCAUGUACCUCUUGCUUGUUCCGCUUCUUUGCAUAGCUUCAGCUCGUCUUUCAACAAUCAAUGUCCAAGAACUCGUCCAGUUAUGGCAAAACCUAAAGUUCGAUCUUGUUUCGGGGACUGUCUUCUCAGCUCUUAUGGUUUUCCUUGCCACCCUUUACUUCAUGAGCCGUCCAAGAAAAGUUUACCUGGUAAACUUCGCAUGUUACAAGCCAGAAGCAGAGCGAACGUGUACUCGGGAGAUUUUCAUGGAAAGAUCUAUUCGACUUGGGAGUUUCUCAGAGGAAAACUUGGCCUUUCAAAAGAAGAUAUUGGAGAGGUCAGGGUUGGGCCAGAAAACGUACUUGCCGGAGGCCAUCUUGCGAGUCCCCCCCAACCCGUGUAUGGCCGAGGCAAGGAAGGAGGCUGAGACUGUGAUGUUCGGAGCCAUUGAUGAGCUCUUGGCAAAGACCGGAGUGAGGGCUAAGGACAUCGGGAUUCUUGUGGUCAAUUGUAGCUUGUUCAAUCCAACUCCGUCCCUCUCCGCCAUGAUCGUCAAUCACUACAAGCUCAGAGGGAACAUUGUAAGCUAUAAUCUUGGUGGUAUGGGUUGCAGUGCUGGCCUCAUUUCUAUAGACCUUGCUAAACAACUUCUACAGGUGCACCCCAACUCUUAUGCCUUGGUCGUGAGCAUGGAGAACAUCACCCUCAACUGGUACUUUGGCAACGACCGAUCCAUGCUCGUCUCCAAUUGCCUCUUCCGCAUGGGCGGCGCAGCGAUUCUCUUAUCAAACCGAUCCUCCGAUCGUCGCCGCUCAAAGUACCAGCUAAUCCACACCGUACGCACUCACAAGGGUUCGGAUGAUAAGUGUUACAACUGCGUCUUACAAAGAGAGGAUGAAACCAAAAGAAUUGGCGUUUCGCUCUCUAAAGAUCUAAUGGCAGUUGCUGGAGACGCACUCAAGACCAAUAUCACUACGCUUGGGCCUUUGGUCCUUCCCAUGUCAGAACAACUCCUAUUUUUUGCGACUUUGGUGGGAAGAAAAAUUCUUAAAAUGAAAAUAAAGCCAUACAUUCCUGACUUUAAACUUGCAUUCGAGCAUUUCUGCAUUCAUGCAGGAGGGAGAGCAGUGCUAGAUGAGCUUGAGAAAAACCUUGAGCUCACCGACUGGCAUAUGGAGCCUUCAAGAAUGACUCUUAAUAGGUUUGGAAACACUUCAAGCAGUUCUCUGUGGUAUGAGCUGGCUUACUCUGAGGCCAAGGGUAGGAUCAGAAAGGGUGACCGAACAUGGCAGAUUGCUUUCGGUUCUGGAUUUAAGUGUAACAGUGCUGUGUGGCGUGCAUUGAGGACCAUCGAUCCGACGAAGGAAAAGAGUCCUUGGAUGGAUGAGAUUCACGAGUUCCCAGUUCAUGUUCCAAAAGUCGAAUCCAUUAAUGUUUCUUGAAUAUUUCCAAAAGUGGCAUACAUUAUAUAUUAUUUCAUGAAAGUUUCAGUCGUGGGAGCUGCGGAUUUGGGCUUAUUACUUCCAAGUGCAAUGCAUCCU